AUGGAGAUUCCAGGUGAGCGUUUUGUCCUACCCUUGGGCAAUGAUUCUCAGAACGACCAAACCCUCGCACCCCGGCCUCGUUCAAGUCUCAUCGGAGACAUUGUGGAAAAUAGCCCUGAUAGCAUACCUACAGCUCCAGUUCUUCCUCCAAAUGCAUCUCAAAGCACUGGGUUCCCCGAGCAUAGAAAUCGGGUUCGUGGUCCAUCAAAAUUCAGACAAAGAAUACAGGGGACUCUCCCGAAAAACCAGAUGAAAGACACCCUUACUCCAGAGCGAACGGAGAGGCAAAUUAUAAGUGAUCAAAAUGAGCAACUCAUUGCGAACAUGUCACUAGAUGACAUUGAGAAGGAGCGAAAGGAGUUGAUGGAAAAAUUGCCUGCUGGCCUUAUUGAGCGAUUUCUAAAAAAACCCCAGAUGGGUAACGGGGAAGUUCAUGGCUCCUUCAAGGACUCGAAAGUUGACGGAAACGGAUUGAAUUCUGGGCCGGGCUCCAAUCCAACUUCAGAAGGUCAACAAAGACCAAGUGACCGCCCAAAGCUUACAAAGAAAGUCACUUUCGAGAACGACCCCCCACCAGCGGCUGAUGACGAUAAUCUUCUUCCUUCAGUUAACAUGCACUUCCCAAAACCCACUGCAACAGCCGAGAUUGACGAACUCGACCCCGACUCCCCUGAAUUUCUCGAAAAGCUCCAUACAAAAUACUUUCCCAGCCUUCCUGCCGAUCCCUCAAGACUCGCCUGGAUGGCACCCAUCUCGUCUGAAGAAGACAAAUCAUCCUACCACCCGUCCCAACUUGACCUAUCUGCGUCAUCCCUGCGUUUCGAUUUUAAGGGGAACCUCCUCCCGCCCCGUGUUUCCCGCGAGCUCCCUGGCCACCUGGGACUCCACCAUCAUGCAGCCGCGCCUAACGCUGCCGGAUAUACGGUCCCGGAGCUGGCCCACCUUGCUAGGUCCACGUUUCCUACCCAGAGGUGCAUGGCUAUACAGACAUUGGGGAGGAUACUUUACAGACUUGGGAGGGGUACUGAGCAGGGAGGCUACAGCAUCGAGGAGAUUGUACAGGGGUUGUGGAAGUGUAUAGCAGAAGGAAGGGUUAUAGAGGGACUCGAGGAAGCGGCUGCGGCAACUGGCGGGCAUAUGAGUGUUAAGGCAUAUUCUACGGAUGCCUUGUGGUUGUGGCAGAAGGGUGGUGGGCAUAGAUGGAAAGCUCAUUGA